AGCCUUUGAAGAAGGCAGAGUGAAGUAUGACAGAUGAGGCUGCUCCGAACGCGAUGUUCACCGUUUGCAUAGAUGAAAACACCUCUCGAUAUACAAGUUUUCGAGACGUCGGACCGAAGAUUGACCCUCAGUGAAGCUUCCACCAUGGGAUUUGGGCGUUGUUUCACAUUUGAUCAUAUCUUGUUAGGCACAUCUAGUGUACCAAUCCCAUUGUAUUUCUUUAGUCAUGCACUUAAUCCUCAGUUGUUUUAAAGUAAAAGUAAAAAAAAAAAAAAUCCAGCCCGGGUAGAAAAUAUGCCAAGUGAAAGCCAGCUUGCUCAGCAUAAAAUGAAAGAUUGAUGCCAGUACAAAAGUGAGAACUCAAAGGACAUGUUCUCAAGGUGAUUGACGUGUAGUACCAGCACACUUCAUUUCGCCAGUUAUUUCAUCAUUAGAUGGGGAAGGAUAUUCCUGUGGACUGCUUUUAUUUCCAACUGUGCUCGUUUAAUAAUUUGACACCCUGCUUGGAUCUAUACUAAACCCAUGGACGUCUACUUCUAAGUCAAGCCUGACAAGAAUUUAGAUCCAGCUCACAGCUAGCGCAUAAUAAAUUAACCCUUCUGCCUGCAUGUGAAUGUGCCAAAACCUAUCCCCUGGAUUUAAUUCUUGACAGUCUGUUUUGAUGCAGCAUAUUUGUCUCGCUUUAAAGCACUUGUCUCGGAUUAAAGCACUGACGGCCCCAUCAACACAGAGUGGUUGACGGAGAAGUGCAUUGGCGAUACAAAUCAGCAAGAAUACGGUCAUUAAAGUAACCGAAGAGCCACGUUUUAAGGACGAUGGACACCUUGUCCCAGAACUCCAGGCUUGAGUGCCAAAUCUGUUUCAACUACUUCAGCCAAUGGCGCCGACCCAAACUCCUGCACUGCCAGCAUACCUGCUGCUCCGAGUGUCUGAGCCAGAUGCGGCUCAGCCAGAGAGAGCUUCGCUGUCCUUGGUGUCGUUGUGUGACACAGAUCCCUGGCGGACUUUCGGUCUCCCAUCUUCCAGACGACCCGGAAGUACUUUCCGUUAUCAGUCUGUCUCACUCCUCUGAGCACACUCCCAUCUUUAUACACUUACCCAACAGCGGCUGCUACCUGCUGCCCCUCCCUCUGGACACAGAUGAGGCGUUGCUUCCCGGACAACCAGCAUGCCGAUUUGGCCCUAAAAGCGUUGGGGUGUUAAACAUCUCUGAUGGCGGGAGCCUCGUGCUGGGGGGCGACACGGGUGAGGAGGGGAUGGAGGAGGAGGAGGUGGCGGUUAAGACCACAGCAUGGACGGGGGUUUGCACUGUGCUACUGGUGGCAUUCAUUUUGAUCUUUCUGCUGGGUAUUGUGUUGCAUAACAUGUCCUGCGUGUCCAAACGCUUCACUAUUAUUUCCUGCGGAUGAGACAGAGUCAUCAAAUUCACUUGUAAAGGACCAACCAAUAUGGCUCGGAAUCGCUUAUGUGAUUUCAGAUUUGAUUGUGAUUAUGUACAUCACAUAUCUCUGGUGACUAAUGUAUACGUUAGAUGAGCAGAAGGGAAUGAAAGAAUUCAAGGGCACAAUCUAUGCAAUUUGUGGUAUUUCAAAAGUCUGCGAAAGCCCUGAUUCGUUCAUUUGUAGGGAAUUUGUUAAAUUAAUGUGCAGAAAUGUCAUUAAAGUAUCUAGCAGCAUUGACUCCAUGUAUUUGCAUGUCUUGUAUGUACCUGAGGGAAAUUAACUUGGUCUCUAAUACUACAGUAGAGUUGUAUGCGUUAUUGACAGUCUGUAGGAGUUGUGCAGUUUGUGACUGAACACUAAAAUUGAGAAAUUAAUUUACAUAUUGCUACAUAGCUGCACUGCCUUUAAAUAAUGUUUAUAGCUGUGUGUUUUAAGGUGUUUCAUCAAAGUGGUUUCUUUAAAAUGCCACAAAUCAAAUGGUUUUUAUUGGUAACAAGCUGUUAUUUUUUAUUUUUUUUG